CUGUUUGCGACUAGCUGGAGACAUGGACAUGUCCGAAGAAGCCGGCCAAUCUAAGAUCCAGGAUGAUGAUUGUUGCAUUAUUACUGUGGACUCAAGCAGUGAUGGAGAAUUUGAGCCCUAUGCAACCAAAAGGAAGGAGCAGAAGGGGAAUGUCAGCUAUGUGGUGAUUGACUCAGACUCUGAGGAUGAGUACUUCAGUGAUAAAGUGAGAUCUCACAUAUCUGAUGUGAGCAGCGAAGAUGAGAUUCUAGAUGUGCUCUCUGAUAAUGAGGAGCAACAGCGUCCUGCCCAGGAGGCUCCAAUACUUAUUACUGAUGAUGAUAGUAGUGAUUUUGAGGGCCCUGUGCUGAUAAUAGAUGAGGAUUCGUGUGAUCAGGGCCAAGCUGCCUCAAAUGGAAAUGCGAUGGAUAUCUCUGAUGUCUUCCAACACAAUUCAUCUCAUGGUGUUGGUGAGCCGAAUCUUGGUGAGAAUCUCUGCCAACCACCAAAUGUUGCUGAGGCUACAGUGGAGAUUCCAGAUGAAGAGCCUACCCCUGUGGUAGAACAACCAAGGAAAAGGAAGAGUAAAACCAAAAAUAUAUGUGUGACACCUGCUGUGAGAGCAUCCAAAAGGCGUGCGCCUUCGCAGAAAAAGCCUGGUGCAGGGAAAAUUGAAAAAUCCAAGCCUGGGAGGGCUAUGUGCAAAAUACCUGGAUGUUUCUUGCGUGACCUAGAAAAUGCAAAGCAGUAUUCUGGAAGGAAUUUCAAGCAGAAUAAGGACAGCCUGGUCCAGAAGAUCUACGCCCUGUUUAACAGUUCGGUCUUUGAUAAAAAGCUGCCUGAGAAGAUAGAUAUUGGCUGGAACAAGAAGAUGCUGAGAACUGCUGGCCUAUGCACCACUGGCGAGACCCGUUACCCGAAGAAGGAGCGUUACGCGAAGAUUGAGAUUUCUCUGAAAGUCUGCGACUCUGCAGACCGACUCCGGGAUACUUUGAUCCAUGAGAUCUGCCACGCAGCCUCCUGGCUAUUGGAUGGCGUCCGUGAUUCUCAUGGUGAUGCAUGGAAGUAUUAUGCCAAGAAAUCAAAUAUGGUGCACCCAGAGCUGCCCAUGGUCACCCGCUGCCAUAACUACAAGAUUAACUACAGGAUCCACUAUGAGUGUACCCGGUGCAAAACCAGGGUUGGCCGCUACACCAGAUCCUUGAACACUGAUCGCUUCAUCUGUGCCAAGUGCCAGGGACCUCUGGUCAUGCUGCCGCUAACUCGAAAGGAUGGGACCCCUAUUGCGCCCCAUGUGAGACCCUUUGCUAAGUAUGUGCAGGAGAAUUAUAGAACCAUUAAACAUGAGACGGAAGGGAUAAGCCAUGGGGAUGUGAUGAGAAGGCUCAGCAAGGAUUAUGCCAUUAGGCAAGGGCGGCAUCGGGAUCAGGAUCAGGAUCAGGAUCCGGAUCAGGAUCAAGAUCGGGAUCAGGAUCAGGAUCAGGAUCAGGAUCAAGAUCGGGAUCAGGAUCGGGAUCAGGAUCAGGAUCAUUAAGAUUAUCUGGGAGUGUAUUCAUGUGGGCUGAGCACCCUACUGCUGAGAAGUUUUAGAAAAAUAUCUUUGUUUCUGCUAAGUGACAAAUAAUAAGGCUUAACCCUUUUCAUUAUAGUCUCAUACUGUUAGUGAUGAUUGUUCUUAAGCAAGGAUUCUGUUGCUAAGCAUUUUGUAUCCUUGAUGGUACUCACAAGCCCUUUGGGUAUAUUACUUAGAUUCCAUAGUUUUAAGACAUAGAACAUAAGUGCAAAAGGCAAACUGCAUUUUUGGGAGGGGUGGGUGGAAAAAAUGAGAAUGAUGCUGGGAAGAGAACCAGUUUUAAAGGCAGCAUUCUCAGGACUGGGGCUGCCAGCAUAUAUACCUAGACAUAAAAGACAUGUUUCAUGAGUUUAGUUGCUCUUGAUAUUGAGUAAAGCCAUGUAAGCCAAUGUAACCAUUCAUUAACCCACCCCCCAAAAAAACUAAUAAAAUGUUUUCUGCAAUUUA